GUUUUGGAAACAAUUUUAUCUUUCCCGGCUUCCGUUAAUUUUUACAUGUUUCACGGUGGAACGUCUUGGGGAUUUUUGAAUGGAGCCAAUCUCGAAGACUUUACCACCACAAAUAAUAGUAAAUUGCAACCUGACAUUAGCAGUUAUGAUUACAAUUCACCUUUAUCGGAACCAGGUGAUUACACUGAUAAGUACUACAGUCUGAAAUCUCUCAUAGAAAGUUACACAGUAACUAAAACCCUUAUCCCAGAAAUGCCCAAUGAAACUAUAAGAGUUGCUUAUGAUGCAAUAGAAGUAACCCAGCAAUUGCCACUUAUAAAUCUCAUCGAAAAUAAUGCAGAACAUAUUAUAGACAGUACAUAUCCCAUUGCUAUGGAACUGUUACCUAUUAACAAUAAUUCUGGACAGAGUUACGGCUACAUAGUGUACAGGAAAGAAGGGAUAAAUAUUCCUGCGAACUCUGUGCUGGCAAUUGAGGGCCACGUUUGCGAUACGGUCAUGGUUCUUAUCAAUGGACAAUUGGUUUCUAAGGUGCUCACUCAGGUAGACGAUCUUGAUGGUUUCGGUUAUUGGAGAUUACCAAAUCCUUCUCUAAAUUUGGGUAGCAGUAGCUAUACGAAUGCUACACUGGAUUUGUUGGUGGAAAAUUGGGGUCGUGUAAAUUAUGGUUAUUUGAACCAGUUUAACCAAUUUAAGGGCUUGUGGCAAGGAAACGUAACAUUAAACAAUGUAGUAUUGACCAAUUGGAAGAUAAUUCCAUUAGAGUUCAAAAAACAAUGGACGAAUAAUUUGAGCGGAUGGCGAACUCCUAAUUUUGAAACCGGACCGUCGUUGUACAAAGGGAUUUUGAAUGUUGACAGUCCUUCUGAUACCUUCAUUGAUAUGAGGAAUUGGACGAAAGGGAUCGUGAUCCUUAACGGAUUUGUUUUAUCGCGUCAUUUUAGAAUAGGACCCCAGCAAACAGCUUACGCACCAGCUCCAUUCUUUGUAACAGGAAAUAAUGAAAUUGUUAUAUUUGAACAUUUCGUUCCAGCAAGGCAUAUUCCCUUUUCUAAAGAUAUCAUUUUCGAAACUGUUUCGAUAAUUGAUUCGAACACCAGUUCGGCAUCAAAACUUAUCGGAAAUGUUCAAUUCGAUCUUAUAUUAUUGUUUUUGUUUAUGGCAACUUUGCUAGGACACUUAAAUCCUUAGAUUAGAUUAGAUUAUAAUUCAAAAUCGCAAGCAUUCUAUCUGUUUGCAAUAUUAUCGUAACAAAUAAAAUCAAGUAGGUACUUAUGGCAAAUAAAUUUUAUCAGUAUUGCAUUUGAUGGAUGUCAUACUCAUUUUUUUGUAGUGGUAAUAAAUUUAUUGAAAUUGCAGUUAA